GAUGUCAUUUCAGAGCCUGUACGGCCAUCUGGCUGUAAAGGAAUACGUAGCUUUGUGACCUAAAAACCGCCGACCUUCAAAGCAAAGAAGCAGAAACAGCUUUGCCCCGGAAAGUCUGACAAACAAGCAUGGGUGGAGUAACGGGUCUUUAUCGCGCAUAGCUCGACCUUUAUCUCAUCUAAAACGCUUCAUAAGAGCUGGGCCAAGAGAAAGAGGGUAGCGGUGGGAAUCGACCGUUUCAUAUGCGCAGCUGCAAACCCUACUUUCUCAAAAUCCAAUCAAGCUGCAGCGUCAACAAAAAAACUAAAAGCUGGCGCAUCCUCCCACUGACACAGUCUACUGCUGGCCCUACUGUAACUGAGACCGAAAGAGGAACGAAGGGGGACGCCCGAAGGUUAAAAAAAGAAAAAAGAGACGCAAUGACAAGGAGAUACUUCUAGCUGUGAAGUCGAGGGACAGCCAAGGAUUAAGAGGGGGGAUUGUGGCGGCCACAGCGGUCUUCAGCAGAGGUUGGUCAUGAUCGGACGCGCAUUAUGGGUAUGUAAGACCCGGGCAGGAAAGAGGGGUAACAAGCCUGGGAUUCUGCCUUUUCUAUGCGCGGUGAUAGCGUGCUCAGCCCUGUCGGCUCUGCUUUUCGUGGACUUCAUUGAAUCAUGGGUCACCUCCAUGGGAAUGAACACUGUGGUAGAGCCGCACAUCGGGAUCAUCCCACCGCAAAGCGUCCCUCCUACCAGACCAGAGGAAUUUUUGCUCAUGCCUAGCCCACUUGUGUGCCAACGUGCCAAGCCUUACCUCAUCAUGAUGGUUACUUCGGCUCCUGCCAAUCAGAGGGCUCGCCAAGCCAUCAGGGACACUUGGGGAGGGGAGGUGGAGGUGAGAGGUCUGCGGGUCAUGACCCUCUUCAUGGUCGGUGUGGCGUCUGACCCCGGACUGGCUAAGCUGCUGAUAGAAGAGGCUCGGGAGAAGGGAGACCUGGUUCAGGGGCGUUUUUUGGACACGUACUCCAACCUCACCCUUAAGACUCUGUCCAUGCUGGGCUGGACCCGGAGGUUCUGCCCUCAGGCUCACUUCAUGGCCAAAGUGGAUGAUGAUGUCCUGUUCAAUCCCAGCUCUCUCCUACACUUUCUGAAUAAGAGCCGUAACCCCUAUGAACAAGGAGACUUGUACCUUGGCAGGGUGCAUCUCCAUGUGGCUCCCGACCGGGACCCGGACAGCAAGCACUACCUACCCUCAGGAGCCUACCCUUCUUCUGUCUUUCCAGACUAUUGCAGUGGCACAGCCUAUGUAUUGUCCCGGUCUGCAUUGCUCAAAAUUUCCCUGGCAGCCUCUGCAUCACCUUUAUCCACACCUCUUCCGCCCGAGGAUGUGUUUGUAGGCUUGUGUGCCCGGGCAGCUGGAGUGCUCCCCUCACACUGCCCUCUCUUCUCCGGUGGACCGAGUAUGCCAUACGGACGCUGCUGCUAUCAGGCCAUGGUGUCCAUCCACCACAUCCCACCCAGAGACAUGCUGCACUAUUGGGCUGAUGUGCAUUCACCACCUCCCUGCUCCUGGUUGAAUGUACGUGCUUCUUUGGGGAUUUGCAAAGUCCGGGCGAUGCUGGGCACAGCUCUGGGAUUGGAGCAAGGAUUGUGAGGAUUAACGGAAAGCAAACUCGGACUUAUUUGGAGGCUGUGCCUCGCUUCAAUACUGUGAACAGCACAACUGCUCUUUAGGCUGUGAAGCUACACGUGCACUACGAAAAUGCUACUUUGUUUAAUUUGAAAGCUUUAUUUUUUUAAACACCUCAAUGUACUUAUGUAUCUUAUUUUGCUGAAAAGGGAAGAUCCGCUGGUAGUAAAGGGGGCUGUCAGGAUCAGCUGUAGUAUAGGGGUGUCUGCUGCCUCCCACAUUACACUGACACGAACUGUAGAUGUAGAGCAAAGUUUAGCAUGCUGAUGCUUUACAGUAAGGACGCACGCAGCAACUGCACAUUAAAACAACAUUGUUUAGAUAACUAAGUCUAAUGAUUAUAGGCUGCUACUUUCAACACCUGCACAGGCCUGUAGUCUAGGCCAAGUAUAAUAGUUUAAAUGCAUGUUCACAAAAAAUAGG